GUUGUUUCAUCUGCUGCCAUGCCUCGUGUACUGGCCGCCAUCAAACAACCCAAGAUCUUGCCAAUAAAGAACCAACUGUUACUCCACAUCUUUGUUUUCCUUGGUCAACAACGGACAUCUCAAACAACACGCGACAAAAGUCAAACUCGUAACCAAAGCGAGCAAAACUUUACACAAAGUUAGCUGCUCCGGGUUUCCAGGUUUUGGUUGCCACCGUUUUCCUUUUCUUGAAGGCUGUUCACAUUGAAUUAGGUAAAGCUAAAGAUGACGUGGGUGAAGGCGGCGCGGUUGUCAAGCAAAGCCUGUCAUGGUGGAAGCAAACAGGGAAUCCCCAAAGACGAGGCGGGCUGGCGUCAUGAGGCGAAGGCGGCGCAGGUGAGUCUGCUGAGAUUCUCUCUUUAGAGCAACGAGAUACCGACACCUUCCGGCUGAAGGAUCCGACUGCGGAUGGACGGACGCACUCGGAGGAGCCCUUGAGCCUGCAGACAAAACAGCUCGGUCAGACGGCAUCGGCUAAGACAUGGGCUGCUUGGGAGGGAAGACGGACGAAGAGCGACUGGAUGAGAAAGUCAAGCGACAAGCCAACAAAAAGAUCGAGAGACAACUGCAGAAAGAACGCCAAGCUUAUAAAGCCACGCACAGACUCCUACUGCUCGGAGCAGGCGAGUCCGGUAAGAGCACCAUCGUCAAGCAGAUGAGGAUCCUCCACGUUGAUGGUUUCAAUGCUGAAGAGAAGCAGCAGAAGAUUCAAGACAUCAGGAAGAAUGUCAAGGAUGCCAUCGUGACCAUCGUGUCAGCCAUGAGCAUGUUGACUCCGCCCAUGCCUCUGGGUGACCCUGGCAACCAGUUCCGAGUCGACUACAUCAAGAGCAUCGCACCGCUGUCUGACUUUGAAUACACAGAGGAGUUUUUUGAGCACGCUCAUAAGCUUUGGAAGGACGAGGGCGUCCAGGCGUGCUAUGAACGUGCCAACGAGUACCAGCUGAUUGACUGCGCUCAGUACUUCCUGGACCGUUUGGACUGUGUGAGAAGGGCCGACUACACCCCGACUGACCAGGAUUUGUUGCGAUGCCGAGUUCUGACGUCGGGGAUUUUCGAAACCAGGUUUCAAGUGGACAAGGUCAACUUUCACAUGUUUGAUGUGGGAGGGCAGAGGGACGAACGCCGCAAGUGGAUUCAGUGUUUCAACGACGUGACGGCUAUUAUCUUCGUGGCCGCAAGCAGCAGCUACAACAUGGUGAUCCGAGAAGACAACUCCACCAAUCGUCUCCAAGAAUCUCUGGACCUCUUCAAAUCCAUUUGGACCAACAGGUUUUUUAAGACCAUCUCGGUCAUCUUGUUCCUCAACAAGCAAGAUGUGCUGGCUGACAAAAUAUUGGCAGGCAAAUCCAAACUGGAGGAUUAUUUCCCAGAGUACUCCAAGUACACACUUCCUGCUGAUGCCGUUCCAGAUUCGGGUGAAGACGUCAGGGUGAGCAGAGCCAAAUUCUUCAUCAGAGAUGAGUUUCUGAUAAUCAGCACGGCCAGCGGCGACGGCAAGCAUUAUUGCUACCCGCACUUCACCUGCGCGGUGGACACGGAAAACAUCCGUCGCGUCUUCAACGACUGCCGGGACAUCAUCCAGCGCAUGCACCUGCGGCAGUAUGAGCUCCUCUGAUGGAUUGCUGGCCUCUCACUAGCCCCGCCCACUCCCUGAACGUAGCUAGUGCUUCUCGGCCCGUGUGGAAAAUGGCCCCCUUUUGCUUGCCAGUCGGCUUUGUCUAGCGCCUGCUUGCACGGACGGGACGGGAUGCCACACGCAGCAGCAGGCUCCAC